UGCUCAGUGCCGCCACCAGCAGCUUCAUUGCUGACCCAGUUCAGACUGACAGAGAGAGGUCCAGCAGUGUUCUCGACAUGAGCGACAGCGCAGCCGCCGAAACGGCUCCUCCAGCCUCCGCCACCACCAAAGCCAAGACUCCCAAGAAGAAGAAGGCGGCGGCUCCCAGGAAGAAACCAGCCGGUCCCACACUGAGCGAGCGGAUUCUGAAGAUUGUCGGGGAGAGCAACGAUCGCCGGGGGAUGUCCCGACCCGCUAUAAAGAAAGCUCUAAAUAGAAGCGGGGUCGAUGUGGAGAAGCAGAAUUCGCUGAUCAGGAUGAGUAUCAAGAGGAGUGUGGGCAAAGGCUCCCUGGUUCAGGUCAAGGGCUGCUUCAAACUCGCGAAGGAGCCAGUCAAGGCUAAAGUGGUAAAGAAGACGAGAACAGCAGCAGCCGCCAAGAAAUCCACCGUGAAGAAAACAACGGCCAAGAAUGUGACAGCAAAGAAAUCCCCAGUCAAGAAAGCAGCAACCAAGAAAGCGAGCGGCAAGAAGGUGACAACACCAAAGAAAGCGGUGAAAAAAGCAGCGCCGAAGAAAAAGACUCCCGUCGCGAAGGUGAAAAAGACCAAGAGCCUCAAGGCCGCAAAACCGGUCACGAAAUCGAGUAAACCGAAGACCAAAGGGAAAGUGCCCAAGAAAUCAGCAAAGAAGUGAACCAGUCUGUGCAACACGCAACCAUCUGAACCCAAAGGCUCUUUUCAGAGCCACCUAUUUCUCUCAGGAAAGAGCUGAGGCCGGAUCAAAUGAUUCUUGUCCUGUCUCCGAGUCCAGGCAGAUCAGAGACAUUAGUUAAUAUGAAUAAUACAAAUACACACUUUCUUGUCGUGAUUUACGAGAGCGGAGACCUGAGAACGGGGAUGGCACUUUAUAGGGAGGGAAUAGUGUACAGCAGCUGGUUGUUUCACAUGUAAUGUAUCACAUCGCGACUUGUAAUUCUGUCCAGACACCAAUGUUACAUUUGCAGUAUUUGCACUUCAUUGACCCUUCCAGGAAUGAUACUUUGUUCAGGUUUGAUUCUGGGACCCCUGCGAAUGUUAUGAUAGCGUGUUCUUCCCACCUGCCUGUUACAGACAGUUCAGGUACCAAUUACGAAUUGUUUACGGGCUAAUUAUAAUCCGGGUGAAAUAAACGUGUACCGACAAAGUGAGAUUCUAUAUCCUUUAUCGGAGUACACUAUUUUCA